GAGAAUUAUGAUUUUUUUUGCAGCCCAAAAUCUGAAGUAAAUAAACUGGAUAAAGUAUCUGGACUGGCUGGAUAAUAAUAUUUGGAUAAUAAUGACAAAUAAAUAUUUGAACAAGUAAACACUGUACUACACGUGGGGGGGAAGCCCAUUUACAACAAGAAAGAACUAAGUAAACAUUCCGAAACGAGUAUAAAUCAUAUUUCAUCCAGUCAUCAGUUUAUAAUGUGAAAAUUUAAGAAAGACUGAAGAUAAGGUUAUGGGUUACGUGGGUCGUGAAGAAGGGGACAUAUCUGCACAGAGUGGGAUAAACAGGCCUAUAAGAUUUCCAGAAUGACUCUAUGCUAUGAAGGAACUAACGAAGGGACAUCAAGCAUAUAAGGUUUGGUAGGAUUAGGACGGAAUGUACAGUAUCAUCGUCGGAACAUCACAAUUAGCAAUUCUUGUAAUCAUAAGAAUUUGUCGACUGAUGAUGGUUUGAAAAUCUCGACAUCAUGAACCUCAUCCUGCUUCUAUUAUUCUUCGGAUUGCAAGACUCCACUGGGGAACCACCCACUCACACACCACCAGAGUCGGAAAACCCAUCUCGUAAUGAUAACCAACAUCUCACCUGGGCACACAUGGACUCUGUGUAUAUGCUUCAACCGUGCAAUAAGAGCAGAGAAGUAAUCCAGAAUUCUUGGGGGGGAACAAUCUCCGAUGGACCUCUGAAUUACACACAAGAUACUCACUGCGAAUGGUUAAUUAAAGCUCCACCUGGCUAUUGGAUAAGUCUAAAGGUUGACCAAAUUCGAACGGAAUGUUCAUACGAUUUUUUAUUCGUGAUUGAUGGAAUGUCAUACGUUCAGGGACAAAGCAAGCUGCUGGCAUCAUUCAGUGGAGCUUCAAAUCCGCAUGUCAACAUUUUGGCGCAGUCUGGAUAUAUGCUAAUUCUUUUAUACUCGGACCCUAAUUAUGCUUUGGAAGGGUUUCUUGCUGAAUACUCAAUAUCUCCUUGUCCUCUCAACUGUUCCAACGUCGGUGAAUGUGUUCAAAUUCAAACUCAAAAUGUGUGCAAGUGUGGACCACAACGAAGUGGAGUCGGAUGUGAGAAAAUCAAAAGCAAUAAUGAAACAUUCUCAUCUUUAUCACUCUUAGAAAUAACAGAGAGCUACGACAGCAGUAGCGACGACGAAUAUGAAGAUACUCAAGUUUUGCUGGCGUCAUCGUGGAAUUCAGUACUCGCCCGUGUGGGCCAUUCCAUGAUUCAACUAAACGCCAACCACACCUACAUUUUUGGUGGUUUUGAUCUCAACACAUUGCUCGAUAAUCUCAUUAUAUUAGAUCUUUACAAUGGUACAAUUCAAAAAGUCGCCGAAAAACAAGAUGAACAAACGGAGAAAGAGUCAGAAAGAGUAGUUAUUUCGCCAUCAGGUCGAUUUGCACAUGCAGCUGUACGAUUUAAAACGGGAUUUUUCAUACAUGGAGGUAAAACCGAGGUUGGCGUGUCAAAUGAUUUAUUUUAUUACAAUGCAACCAAUGGCAGAUGGUCUCAACUCAUUCCUCAAGCGAAUCAGUCCACUAUUCCAAAAUUGAUGUAUCAUUCAAUGACAUUAACCCCUUCGGGUCAUAUAUAUGUCUUUGGGGGAGCGAAAUCUAGUGGGAAAUUCUCCUCAACACUUUAUCAGUUUCAUGGAGAUUCGCCUACAAACUGGACUAUUGUCAAAUCAUCGUGUUGUGGGAAGGAAACACAUCGUAGUUACUUAGGUCAUACGAUGAGUUAUUGGCCUCAGAAGAAUAGCUUAAUACUCUUUGGUGGGAUCGGCACUUCUGAUUAUGGACGCUUCUCUAAGCUCUCGAGCCAGCUUUGGAUCUUUAUGCUCAACUCUACAACGUGGCUGCAUCUUGACUAUAAAAAGAAUGGAGGGGUUCCUCCUGGUAUAUAUCUCGAACGGGCUUUUCACACUGCUCAUAUCGUUGAGCAAUAUUUGAUCAUCUUUGGUGGUUACACUCACGUUCACAAUAAGGAUGAGACGUGCUACUCCAACCAAAUGCUUGUAUACAACUUGGAGUGCCAAAUUUUCUUGCCCAUUACUCCCCCCUCCGCCUCGUCUUCUGUAUCUUCUUCAAGUGAAUAUAGAGCUACUCGAGGACUCUUUGGUCACCAGUCAGUCAUUGUUGACGAUUAUCUCUUAAUUGUUGGAGGAUACCGAGGAUACUUAAGUCAAAGUGUGAGAAAGAUACCUUUCCCAUUUACCAAAUCAAAGUCAUCCAGAUGUUCAUCCUUUGAUCGUUGGCGUUGUUCCGGUGAACCUCAAUGUGGAUGGUGUCCUACAAAUGGCCGAUGCUUUGAUAAACUUACAGGAGCUGCAAACUGCACUACUAAUCUACAGACCGCUCAGUGUCCAGGAAUUUGUCCAUUGCUGACCAGUUGUCAAUCGUGCACUAGCGCUUUUCCAGGUUGCGUUUGGUGCGGAACCCUUGAGCAAUGCUGGAAACAAACGUUAGAGGAAGUUGGAAGUAGGACCAAUGUUUGCAAUAAUCCAUUAGACAAGUCUUCGCAAACUUCAGUCGUUCAAUGUGCAGAGAAAAGUUGGAGAAUGGGAUUAACACAAUUUGAGCAUCGAUUUCCACCAAAUUUUUCUAAUCCUGACGCUGUUAAGGUGAUAAAUUCCAGUGUGCUAAUCAUUUCGAGAGAGUAUGGGUCCACUAUACCUGUCGACACACCUGUAACCUUUGCCCUCAGAGGAAGUUUACUCGGCAUUUCGCACCCUAUAAAAAAACUGGAACUUUGUGCUCUACAAGCGGCAGUAAAUUUGACUUUAUACAGCGACGAAAUAUUCAACAGCAGUUAUCGAUGGACAGAUUAUCAACUGUGCUAUAAUUUGACAUGGCCUUCAUCAGGAAAUUCGGUAUAUUUAUUACCCGGACAGACCAUAAAGUUUGACUUGGUAGCUUCGUCGUUUGGAAAAGGUGUCAAUCAAGAAAAGUCUGGUCGUGUAACAAUACAAUUGAAAUAUUAUUCAGGACCAAUUUCAUCUCCCCGAGUUUUAAGGAAAGAUCAUCUUAUCCCUUUCGAUGGAGAUUCUGCAAAGACUGAUGUACAUCAUCAUCACCAUCGUCAUCACCACUGCCUUUCGUAUCGGUCAUGUCUCUCUUGCGCUGGAGAUACAUCUUGCGUGUGGAGAUUGGAUACUCGACUAUGUAUUCCACGUACUAUCCCUAUUCCAUCAUCAAAUCUUAACCCUUUGAGUGGUGGGGAGCAAGCCUUAAUGUACAACCCAGCUUUACCACUAAUCGCACACAAAUCAUCUCUAAUUAUCCAACCAGAGAAUUGUCCAGGUUGCUCCGACAUGAAUUUUUGUGAAGACUGUCUCGACAACAAUUUGGGUUUGGAAUGCGAAUGGUGGGAUGAAGAGAUGAGUUGUCAAAGACUAGGAAGACUAGAAAAUGCAAUACGACAAAAAGACAAAUGUCCGGAGUCGUGUAGCAGACGAAAAACGUGCAGUUCCUGUGUAGACACAGUUGGGAAAUGUGUUUGGUGUGAAACAAGACAAGAGUGUUUUAUUUUUUCUGUUUACACCUCCGUCUAUCAAUUUGGACAGUGCUUCCAAUGGAUUGACAAAGCGGAUGUUUGCAAACGAUGUGAUAAACAACCGACUUGUGAAAGCUGUGUGUUAAAUAUUGGGUGUGGAUGGAGCUACGAUGAAAAUGGUGGAUCUUGCUCUGAGGGGGAUUUUGGAGGUCCAUACAAGAAUUCUUCUUCAUCGGCUGUGUUAAAUUUGAUAUCAAAUGUUGAGAGUAGUAGUCGAACGUUAGAGUUACUUCAAGAUGAUCAUGGACGGAACAAAACUUGGACAUAUGGAGAAUGCCCUGAUGUAAACGAAUGCGAACUUGGAAUUGACGAUUGUCACCCAAACGCUACAUGUGUAAAUACGCCUGGUUCGCAUGCCUGCUUUUGCCAGCCUGGUUUUACUGGGGAUGGGAGAACGGAAUGCGAGCAGACUUGUCGCGAGCCCUGCCUGCAUGGAACUUGCUCCACUGAAUUUGUUUGCGAGUGCGAAUUAGGUUGGACGGGUUCUGACUGUUCAGAAGACUGCCUGUGUAAUAACCACUCUUUCUGUUAUUCAAAUGGUCCAGGAAAGUGUGAUAAAUGCCAAGAUUUCACAACAGGAGAAAAUUGUGAACUUUGUGCCGAAGGAAGCUAUGGGAAUGCAACUUUGAGUAAUGUUGGUUGCAUCCCAUGCAAUUGCAAUGGUCACGGUGAUGUUGAGGUUGGACUUUGUGAUCCAAUUGCGGGACAUUGUUUCUGUUUAAACAACACAACCGGAAAGGAUUGUUCAGAGUGUGGUUCAGGAUUUUACGGGUUUCUUUGGUUCUCCUCCAGAUUUGGGCUCGUCCUUCUUGUCAUCUAG